CUCCCGUGCGUUUUUGAACCAUGGCGACUCCUGGCGGCGGCGGCGGCGGCGGCCGUCUCCGCGUCCUGGCUGGCGGCAGCGACCCUAGCAGCGGAGGCGGCGAUGGCGAGUCCGACAGAGGCUGUUGUAUGAGGGCGGCGAGGAGGAGCAGUGCAGCGCUGGCGUCGAUUCAGAGCAGCUCCCGUUGCUACUGUCAGCGUUGCCGUCGCUAGCCGAAUCGCAGAGAGCUUGGUCGUCGGCGGGCAACACCUCCAGCGAUAAUCCGUUCAGCCACUACGUCUCCGACGGCAGGCAAGAAUCUGAGAUUUGGGAGCUGUUUAUUCAAUUUGAUGGUGCCGAAUUUGUUCAAAAAUCAAUGGAACGUUCAGAUGUUAGAUAUCUCAAUUUGCUGUCAGUAAUGGAGAAGGAAGGGUAUGGCUUAUGUGAUUCAGUGUACUAUGUUAAAGAUGAAGGGGAGGGGCUGCAAGGGCUAGAUUUAGUAGAUAGCCAAGUUAAGGUGGAUGAGAUGAUUAGGAAGUAUGAUAGCAGCAAGAAAUUGGUACUAACAGUGAUGAGGGACAAAAGGAAACAAGCUGAUAUUGCUAAAUCAUAUCCAAGUUUCAUUGAUCUAGGGGGAGGGGUGGACCAGUCCAUUCCUUAUCAGGUUCAGACACAGGAUAGUGUGUGCUACCAGCCAUUGCACACCAAUGAUCAGCCCAGCGCUCACCAGUUCAGUACACAAAAUAGUUUUAUAUGUGAGAAUGUGCAAACUCAAAUUGAUGAAAAUCCUUUUCCUGAAGAAGAUGAUGGAGAGGCAUCUGAUGAUAGCUACAUUUGCUGGGAUGAACGACAGUGUGAUCCAAUGUAUGCAGAGGAGAAAAGCAGGAAAGAGGAAGAGGAACUGAAGGCAAUUAUUGCAGAGAUGAAGAGGAAGAGAGAAGACCCCAUGCUGCACUAUGAGGGUGAGACAGAUGUUGAGGACAUUUUUGUCAAUGAUGAUGAAAGUUUUGAACAAAUUCCACCAGAGCAGCCCGUGAAGAAGAAAGUAAAGAGGCCGGGUCCUACACUGAGAUCACACUCUCAAGUAGUGAUACUGAUAUUCCAGAUUGGGCUCCUUGUGAUGAUGAAGAGGAAGUUGGUUUUAUGAAAAAGGAAGAUGAUGAUGGAUUUGAGCCACUUCCUUUUGUGCUGCCUAAAGGAAGAAAAUCAAGAGCAAAGAAACAAAAGGAAAGGGUCUGGUUGGAUCAAAACAGAUACUGAAGACAUCAUGCCACCAGGUUUCAAAGAUCACCAGAAGGGAAGAAAGCAGGAGAAAAGAAGAAAAGGCAAAUUUGAGGUGCCGAAACCUAAGGAAAAUUCUAGGAUGGCAACAAUCACUUGUAGCAAUUGCAAGUUGCAAGGCCACAAGUACACUAGCUGCUCAGUGCCUUUGAGGCCAGACCUUGCGAUAAGGAAAAAUAAUCACAAGGCUAGUAGAUCAAUGCCUGCUCCUGUGUCUCCUCCAUCUUCCUCCAGUUUUGCUACUGCACCUGCACCAAGGCCUCCUCCUACUGCUCCAAGAAACCCUACAGCUGCAUUUGCUGCUUCAAGGACUCCAUUUGCUGCUCCAAGACAUACUGGUUUCAGGUCAUAUUUUUCAGCUGGUGCAAAUGCCGGUGUUGGUAGAGAUGCAAAUGUGCCUCCUCUAGCUGGAAUUUCUUCUGCACGCCCUAGUUGUUCUGAUGUUCAGUGAGCAGUUGCUCUGAUGUUGCCCUGUUGCUCUAAUGUGUGUGUGAACUUGUGUGGGAACUUGCCUGUGUGUUAGAACUUGUGAUAGUUAUGCCUGUUAUUUUGUGAAAGACUUGUGACAGUUAUAUAUUACUUGUAGUACU